CUGGUAACCUGGGUUAAGGAACAUGGCAUCACUGAGGGCAGCAGCGUCCCAGCUCCUGGGGAAAAGGUCGUUGGUUGGGUCAGGUGGCAGGAAAUGGGCUCCAGCUUCCUCUGCAACACUGCGGGCUUUACACUUCACUGUUCACGGAAAGAAGGACGCUUCUGCUAAAGUUUCUGAUUCGAUAUCUACACAAUAUCCUGUAGUGGACCAUGAGUUUGACGCAGUCGUAGUAGGUGCUGGUGGUGCAGGAUUACGGGCAGCAUUUGGAUUGUCUGAAGCAGGCUUUAAUACAGCAUGUAUAUCAAAACUAUUUCCUACCAGAUCUCACACGGUCGCAGCACAGGGAGGGAUAAAUGCAGCUUUGGGCAACAUGGAGGAAGAUGACUGGAGGUGGCACUUCUAUGACACUGUGAAGGGCUCUGAUUGGUUGGGUGAUCAAGAUGCUAUCCACUACAUGACCGAACAAGCGCCUGCUUCCGUUAUUGAGCUGGAGAAUUAUGGGAUGCCUUUCAGCAGGACAGAGCAAGGAAAGAUUUAUCAGCGUGCUUUUGGAGGGCAGAGUCUGAAGUACGGUAAAGGUGGACAAGCUCAUCGUUGCUGUUGUGUGGCAGACAGGACAGGGCAUUCACUACUUCAUACAUUAUAUGGAAGGUCUCUGCGAUAUGACACCAGUUACUUUGUAGAGUAUUUUGCUUUGGAUCUCUUAAUGGAGAAUGGAGAAUGUCGUGGAGUUAUAGCUUUGUGCAUGGAAGAUGGAUCCAUUCACCGCUUCAAAGCUAAGAACACAGUUAUAGCUACUGGGGGGUAUGGUCGCACCUUUUUCAGCUGCACUUCGGCACAUACAUGCACAGGUGAUGGCAAUGCAAUGGUCACACGAGCUGGGCUUCCUUGCCAAGAUUUGGAGUUUGUACAGUUUCACCCAACAGGUAUUUAUGGUGCUGGUUGCCUAAUUACUGAAGGUUGCCGUGGUGAGGGAGGCAUUCUAAUCAACAGUGAAGGUGAAAGGUUUAUGGAAAGAUAUGCUCCUGUAGCUAAAGACUUGGCUUCCCGUGAUGUUGUAUCCCGUUCUAUGACCAUUGAGCUCCGUGAAGGAAGAGGCUGCGGACCAGACAAAGACCACGUCUAUCUACAGCUUCACCACCUUCCACCUCAACAGUUGGCUACCCGUCUACCAGGCAUCUCAGAGACUGCUAUGAUAUUUGCUGGAGUUGAUGUUACCAAGGAGCCCAUACCAGUCCUACCCACAGUUCAUUAUAACAUGGGGGGAAUCCCAACUAACUAUAAGGGACAGGCUAUUGUACAUGUAAAUGGUGAAGACAAAGUGGUUCCUGGGCUGUAUGCUUGUGGUGAGGCUGCAUCCGCAUCUGUGCAUGGUGCCAACCGUCUUGGUGCAAAUUCUCUCCUAGAUUUGGUUGUGUUUGGCCGUGCUUGUGCUCUAAGCAUAGCGGAGUCCUGUAAUCCUGGUGAGACCUUACCUUCAAUUAGGUCAAAUGCUGGAGAGGAAUCUGUUGCGAAUCUGGACAAGCUACGGUUUGCAAAUGGAAAUACAAGGACCUCCGAGCUGAGAAUAAACAUGCAGAAGACUAUGCAGAGUCAUGCAGCUGUUUUCCGAACGGGAUCUGUACUGCAGGAAGGAUGUGAAAAAUUGAGUGCAAUCAACUCUGCCAUGGAUGACCUCAAAACCUUUGACAGAGGGAUUGUUUGGAACUCUGAUCUGGUUGAGACUCUUGAAUUACAAAACCUAAUGCUGUGCGCUCUUCAGACUAUUUAUUCAGCUGAAGCUCGCAAAGAAAGUCGAGGGGCUCAUGCACGAGAAGACUACAAGGUCAGAAUUGAUGAAUAUGAUUAUUCUAAGCCACUGCAAGGACAGCAGAAGAAGCCUAUUGAAGAGCAUUGGCGGAAACACACAUUGUCAAAUGUUGAUAAGAAUGGCAAGGUUACUUUGGAAUACAGACCUGUCAUUGAUACAACUUUGGAUGAAGAAGACUGUGUAACAGUCCCUCCUGCUAUCCGUUCUUAUUAAGGGUUACUUAAUUGCUCACCAUGAAUGAACUCAGACCUGCGUAAUAGUAGUGUUUCCUGGUGGUACAUUUGCACAUUAUUCUGCUGCUUGGCAACCUGCGUUUCCAUCCCCAACAAUACAAUGUAAACUGUCCCUUACAAUUAAAAUUCCUUUAACUUCAGAA